AUGAACGCCGAGGCGUGCGUUUCAUACAGCGAUAUGACAUCGAUGGAUUCAUAUUAUAGCCCAUCUGCAGCGCCAGGUAGGGAUCAUCAACACCACACGGACCACUUUAGGACAUAUCCAGCCUCUGACACCAAAUACAGCCCCACUGCCUUCCUGCCCAACAAAGGUCAGGGGUACGGAGAAAAGUCCCGGAGCCCCUUCCAGUUGCAGCAGCAGCAGGAGUGCCAGUCAUUGGAUGCCGCCGCAGCUGGGCAAGGCACUUUCAGCAAAUACCACCUCUUCAUGCAGAGGUCUUCUUGCAAAACACCCCCCGAGGAGGGCAAACUGCACCAGGAGAGCGGACACAACGGAGCGCUUAUCCCGUGCUAUGGUAAAGACAGUUCCGGUCUGACAGACUCUGACUUGGCUCCGGACUCUGACCCACCUGGAAUGGACUCCAGCUACCUGUCUGUGAAGGAUCAGGGCGUAAAGGCGGCCUCUGAUAGACCACCAGGCACAGACCUGUCGAGCCCUCUGGACAAGGGUGACGGCGGCGAAAGCAACAAGGGCAAGAAGAGACGCAAUCGCACAACCUUCACCAGCUACCAGCUGGAGGAGCUGGAGAAGGUUUUCCAAAAGACGCACUAUCCUGACGUGUACGCCCGGGAGCAGCUGGCACUGAGGACCGACCUGACUGAAGCCAGAGUACAGGUUUGGUUCCAGAACCGAAGAGCAAAAUGGAGGAAAAGAGAGCGAUUUGGUCAGAUGCAGCAGGUCCGGACACAUUUCUCCACAGCCUAUGAGCUGCCUCUUCUGACACGGCCUGAGAAUUAUGCACAGAUUCAGAACCCUUCUUGGAUCGGUGGUAGCAGCGCAGCGUCUCCUGUGCCGGGCUGUGUUGUGUCCUGUGACACUGUGACUCCCUGUAUGACACCUCCCCACUCUGCAAGCGGGGUGUCUGAUUAUUUGGGUGUGCAGAGCCCUGGAGGUCACAUGGGUCAGGCACACAUGGGCAGCCUGUUUGGAGGAUCUCCCGGGAUGGCGACCAGCAUCAACGCGUACGAUCUGAACAUGGACCCUGACCGCAAGUCCUCUAGUAUCGCUGCUUUGCGAAUGAAGGCCAAAGAGCACAGUGCAGCUAUAUCUUGGGCCACAUGAUGUGUUGAUACUUGCUGGAGGGGGAAUCAUGUUGACCUCUUUAAUGUCUACACAAACCCAGCAUGGGGGCACUAGAUUUUUUUUUUAAAACCUCUAAAGGCAACAGUGACUACCUUCAGAAAUGUUGCAAUAAAAUAGUUCUGCAAAUAAAUGGAUGGAUGAGGAGAAAACAACAUGAGAUUUGGUAAGGCAGGUGAUGUGGCACAGCCAUGUUUUUCAGCCCCUCUGGUGGGAGAAGGCAGCCAUAGAGGAGAGGAGUUAGCUUUGUGCAAAGCAUGCUGGGAGUUGAUGCUGUACUGUACAACAGGAGUUGCAGUGUAGUGCUGAUAAUGUACAAAGAAUAUUUUUAAGAAUUAAAAAAAUCCAUGCACUUAUUUGCCAAAUUAGUUUUUGAACAGUGCUUUCAGUGUUGUUGUAGUUCUCUGUCCAGGUGCUGUUUUAUCUUACUUUAUUAUUUAAAUUUGAGUGUCAAUGUUUUUUUCUCCCCAUCAGUCUUUUUGUUUCUGAAUAAGCAAGCAUCCUUAAAAUAAUCUUAAGUUCAAAUGUCUUUGAUAAAUGCCAUUUACAUGUUAUUCUAGGGAAUCUUUGUCAGCGCAUCAGUGUGUACCUUAAGUUACACUGUUAUGAUAGCACUACAGAAACCUCUUUAUAUUGAGCAUAUCUGACACAUUGUGAAGCCUGGAGAUUCAAAACAAACAUAUCAGUUGCUGAAAAAGUUUGACGUGGUCCGACCCUCUACACACAACAUUUACAAUUCAAACACAUGAAAUGUGGUUUGUUUUAGUGUGGUCAGGGCGAGAAAUCCACCUGCCACACUGACUCAGCCUGCUGACGGCCCUAGAGAGGAAGGGAUGGAGGAGGAAGUUGUGUGUGAGAGUACGAGAGGGGCACAGCAGGCCUGCUGCUCUCAGGGCUUAAGAGCCUGGGAGCGCCAGUCUCAAAACAGAGCCAGCUCUGUUUCAGAGAGGACAGAGUCCAAGUGGACAUAACUGUGCCCCUUACCAUUUCCAGUCUCAGGAGUUUCAGGGAGAAGUACCUACUAGUCAUUCUGCCAGAAAUAACACCAAAAUCAGCAGCGGCCACCUUUGAAACAAGAGGAGGCUGGUGGAGAUUACACAGAGUGUGUUGACACUGAAAGGAUGUCAGUGUUCAACAGCCUUUUCUGGACUUUACCAUGGCUAUGUAAUGCUGUGUUGGUAUACGCUUUAUUGUAUGUCUAUCUAUAUAUUUUUUUCUCAUUAUUUCUUUAGAUGCCAAACCAAGGACACCAUCAUAUAAGUUAAUGCAGAGCAGCCUGUAGCUUUGCGCUACACCUCAGUUGGAUUUGGACAAAAUGUCAUCCUUCACUUCUAAGUCGUAUUUAACUACAAAACUGACAUCAACCCCUCCACCCCAAAUAUAAUCAGAUAUCUUCAAACAUAUCUUAGUGACAUUGUAUGCAGGACAAUGUUAUAUUAUUAGCAAAUCUGAAUCAUCAACCAAGCUCUGCAGGCAGCUGACCCAGGGCUUUGAAUCCUGCUGUCAGUAGUGUUUUUCAGAAGGCUAUUUGUUUGCUUGCAUAUUUGUUUCUGAAUAUACAUUGCUUCAGUGCAAUACUGACCUGGUCCAUCAUUAUUAUGCUUUGUUGUUCACUUAUCUUAUAGCUUUCAAAACAAUAUCCAUUUAGAAGAAAAAACCUGACUCAUCUUAAAUAACAUAGUAUUGCGCAUAGCUGCUACCUGGGGCUAACUUAAGCUUGAGGCACACAGGUAACACAGUCAACAAGGAAUUUAAAACACUUACCUACAAUAUAAAUGAAGCUCUUCCUGAAGGUCCUCUUCAUCCUCUGUCCUCUCUCAUCGUUCUUAAUCCUCCAUCAUGCUACCAGCUGACACUUUGUUUGAUUUAGUUGUCUGUUUCCCCUUCUUAUCCACUUCUCUCGAAGAGAAAUGCGGUCCACACCUAAAUUAACUUAUUGUAUUUCACCAUUAUUAUUAUUAUUAUUAUUAUUGUAUAAACCACAAGUUUAGUAAGUUUUAGUGACUCCUUAACUAUAAACUACUGGAGUAGAGCCUGUAUGUUGUCCUACCACACAUCCAAUCAGGCUUCUAAGAUAACAAAUCAGCAAGUUCAAUGCAAGUGCUUGGUAGCCUAAUUACCGUACGUAAAUUACUUUGUUGUCUUUUAGAGGUGCCCCCAUUUGGCAAAAUGAAGUAUUAAAGUCUUAAUUCAUUUUAUUUGUCAAACUCAAGUUGCUUUAAAAAUUUGAAAACCCUUGUAUAGGCUACAUAUAGGAAACCAUGGAACAAGAGUACUCUAGUGUCCUGACCUGGUUGAGGGGUCUCUGGGCAAAAUUUAGGGAAGCUGGUCCUUAGUGACAUCCCAAUACCAACCUAUUUAUAGAUAAUACAUAAAAAACAAAAAAAACAAACAAGGAAUCCCGUAGGCCUACCCUUUCACCACUCUUGUUAUAGGCUCCUCUGUUAACCUCAUCCUUGGCUUGAUUUACUUUUUAAGAGGUAAAAUUGGUUAAGACACACCAGGGAUGAUCAGCAUCCCUCGGAGCCCAAACACAUCAUUAUAUUUAUGAAAUGUUAUCAUUUAAAUAUUCAAAUAGUAAAACGUGUUCUUGCAGUGGCAGCUGCAGAAAUAGCAGAUGGGAUUUAAUGGUGAGGUUAUGCAUCUCCAUCCUUUGUUUUGUAAGACCUGAUUUAGGCCUGAAGCAUAAAAAAAAGCUUUCAUAAUUCUGCAAAGCACACCUGAUACUUUUAGUGCACCUUCAGGCAGGGCCACCAUUUAUAAUUCUCUAAACUGAUCCACAUUCACUGUCCUUUUGGGUAGAGAGAGCAGGGUGCACGUUAUAACUGCAGCAGAGCAGAUCACCCCAGAGUCCUUUAAGUUACAUCCAGUCUACUCUGCGGCACAUAUCCAAGGCAUGUGCAUGAUCAUGACUGCAGAGUACAUUUCUAAAAACUUAAAGAGGGUCGCAUUGCAAUGUGGACUUGAGGCCCCCUGUGCUGUAGCUAAGGGGUUGGAUGCAGGGCGAGCCGUGAGGGCAUCUGCUGUGUUCCGGUGUUCUGGGAAAAGGACAGUGCACACAGCUGUGCUCAGGGGGUAAAUGUAAAACAAACAUGCCUCACACAUGCUUCCCCCUCAGCUGUCAUGGCUCUGCUUUCAAAGAUUCAACCCCCCCCCUCCUCUUCCUCAUGGCCCACCUCUCGACACACACACACACACACACAGAACUGAUCCUCUCCCUCUGCUCACUUCCACUAUGUCCAGGCAGGGUCCAAGGCACAGCCGCACGGCCAAUCCAGGAAAGCUUUUUAAUUAACACUGAGCCAUUUGGAGGCUGUGGACUGCAGUAUUGUGUGUCAGGACAGACAGGUCCAUCUGUCUCCUGCUUGCUUUAAUGCAGACUAUUUUUCUGCACAGUGCACAAUGACAUACUGGCAUUCAGUAGCUCAGGUUUACACAAUGCAUCUCAAUUUAUUUGACUCCUCUGUGUAUUUAAGUGCCAUUAUCAUUGGGGGAAAAACAUCUCCAGUAACGCCUUUACAAUGAACAGCAGAAUGUUUCUCCUACAACCA